CUCAGCCAAAUACACAUGAUGACCAACAACAACACCAGUAACAGCAACUCGAACAACAAAAUACCAAAUGGCAAGCCGCCACCACCACCGCCACCACACGCACAUGCACUCUCCUCGCUACCACGUUUCAGCAGCACACGCCGUGAGCCGUCAGCCUACGAACGCGCCGAAAGUUCACUCUCACACGAGCCACCCUGCAGCCAGCAUCUUGCCAAUCAGAAUGGGCAGCGCACGGCCACCGCUGAUCGCUACAUACGACUCACACAGGAUCACUUCAAUCACAAUCACGGCCCACACGGCAGCAUUGGCCGCAAACAUGCCAACAACACACUGAGCGGCGAGCGUUCACCACGUGAGAGUGAAAGUAAUUAUAUACACAAUAAUUCACACUAUUCACUGCCGUUGGACCAUGCAUUGUCAGGCGCUACGCCUACACCAACACCGACACCACCGCCACCAGCGUUGCCCAUGCGCAAUGGACAGGUCAUCAACAAUAGCAACAAUACUGCCGUACAGCGUGUGCCAGCAUACAAUAACAACAACUGCAGCAAUGGUUAUGCAACGAUAGGCGGCGGUGGGAGUGGAAUUGGAAGUGGAGGUGGCAAUCAUUUUGGUGGUUGUGGUGUGGCAAUUGGAGUUGGAGGCAACAACAACAACAAUGGUAGCUUAAGACGAUAUCACUGAUAUACGCUAAAGGGCGACUGGUGCGGCACAAGUCGCAGCGCCUACUACGAGAAAUACGAACACGCCUACGAACAUCCGGUUGCGGCGAACAGGAACAGUUUUGAGAUGUGUACGUUUGUGAGGCCAUAAAGAGAGGUAGUAGAGGGGAAAAAUGAAAAUGAAAAUGAAUAGAAAAAGCACGUUGAUGAGAAAUGAUAAAUAAAUUAGAAGAAACAGUGAUAGGAAAUGACUAAAAACCGGCUCACAAUUGCAGUAAAUGCACUAAUGAGAAAGCAGAAAUGAAAGGGAAAGCGAGACUUCGAGUUUCUCUGACGCAUAGCUUUGCACAGUUUUUAGUAUGCGCUCGAUUGAAAGCACUAAUUUUGAGGAGCAGGAAUCAAGGAGUGAGGAAAAACACUGCAAGAGAAAUAUUAGAGGGACGAAUAUCCAAUAAAUUUAAUUUUAAAUCUAUGCUAAAGCGUUCGUAAAUUUGUCAGCUAUUUUAUUAACAUUUAUAAGGGGUACCGUGUAUUGCUUGAAAAGCAGGUCUUAAGGGGUAAUACAAAUCUAAUGGCCGAAAUAAUGCCUAAUUUUGAAAAAAAGGUAAUGGAGUUUCUCUGCCGAAGGUUUAUUGCAGGGCUGGGCGCUUGUGAUUAAGACUUCAUUUCAAUAACGAUUGCUGCAAUUGCAAUACCCAAUUUUUAUACGAUUACAGUUACUUGAAUUAUACUCAUAAAUGUCACCAUUAUAAGUAAACGCCGAGCUCUGAUGUGUUUAACAUUUUUGAAGUAUA